GCUGGCCCCUAGGGCCCACCCUCCAGGGAGGGGCUACUUCCCUUCCUGUGAGGCUACUGAUGAGGAACCAGUAACAUAUCACUUGGGGACUGGACGUUGUCACACCUCAUUCUUGCCUUUGUCCCCCAGGCUAUGUGGAGUUUAUGUCGUCUGCAAACUGGGGACCAUGUGAGGAAGCCCCCCGACCCAGAACCUCGCUAAUCUUCUUGGCCUCGGUCCCGGGACCUGCUGUGUCCUCGGCCAUCCUUCAGGGAGAGCAGAGUGAGGCUGAUGAGGAAACAGGGACCUGUCACCUGGAGCCAGGACCCUGUCACACCCGUGCAUCUGCUUGUCCUGCUGGGCUCUGCGGACUUCAUUCAUCAGCAGUACCACUGGGGACCAUGGCUGAUAGCACCACAACCUUGACCUUCAUUGUCCUCCUGUGCCUUGGGCUGUGUCAGGGCCCGUGGGACCAGGUACAGGCAGAAUUCAUCCCCAGUCCCUUCAUCUGGGCUGACCCGGGCCGCUUCAUCACCAACGGGAGCUCUGUGACCAUCUGGUGUAAGGAGUAUCUGCAGGCUAGUGCCCACAGUCUGUAUAAAGACGGGGGCUCUGACCCCCUGGAAAUAAGGAUCCCACAGGACUCUAGCAACAAGGCCUGUUUCCUCAUUGAAGCCAUGACCCCAUCCCACACAGGGCUGUACCAGUGUGCAUAUUACACUACUGAGGACAAACUGUCACAGAGGAGUGACCCCCUGCUCCUGGUGGUGACAGGAAUGUACCCUGCACCCUCCCUCUCAGCCCAGCCAAGCCCUGUGGUGGCCUCAGGAGGGAACGUGUCCCUCUCCUGUAGCUCACAGUUCACAUCGGGCCCUUUCCAUCUGCUGAUGGAGGGAAAGUUUGAUCCACCCCGACACAUGGAAGCAGAACUGAGGAUCCAUAAUGGGAGGUCGCAGGCCCAGGCCAUCUUCUCUCUGGACCCCGUGUUCACCUCCCAUGGGGGGACCUACCGAUGCUAUGGUUCUUCCAGCUCCAACCCCAAUGUGUGGUCACAGCCCAGUGCCCCUCUGCAUAUCGAGGUCACAGACUCCAAACCCCAAGACCCAGUGCCGAUUCUCGCUGGGAUGGGCGUGGCUGGCUUGGUCCUGGUGGUCUUCGCGGUGAUACUAUGUCAGACUCGAAAUGACAACAGAAGGACCCUUGAGGCAGCCAGGAUGUGAACACAGAGGGGACAACCGAUCAGAGUGGGGGAGCCUUGGAGCCCAUCUGAUGACCCCAGGAGGUGCUGAAACAGAAUGUGGGCCAUAAUUGGGGAAACUGUCUGCUGAGAAUGUCCAAGGGAGAAGACGUGGUAGAUGAGGUUUGGGUGCAGGAGAACGUGGGUCAUGUCCCUGUAGAGGACGCCUCCUCCAUCCACCUGGGGUGCUCUCUCUCUCUUCCUGUCCUCACUCACUGUCCUCCACUGCCCUUCUGUUCUCACCCUGUGACAUGAGGGUCUGUUCCACAUGGCUUGUUUGGAUUCACAACUAUACACCCCUUCAUGCUGGGCCACAUCCAUCCCAAUAAAAAUGUGGUAUCUUAAUAACCUGGGUUUUUUUUAAAUUUUAUUUUUAUUGACUUUUGAGAGAGAGGAAGGGAGAAGGAUAGAGAGAUAGAAACAUUGAGGAGAGAAAAACAUCAGUUGCCUCCUGCAUGACCCCUUUUGGGGAUGGAGCCUGCAGCCUAGACAUGUGCCCUGAGCUGGAUUUGAACCAGUGACAUCCUGAUUCAUAGGUUGAUGUUCAACCACUGAGCCACACUGGCUAAACUGUGGGAUUAUUUUUAAACCAAGAAGAACAAAGUAAAAAAAUGUCCUGAUACCUGCUCCACGUGGUCCAGACUAUUGCACAUCUCCACCCUCCUACCAUCUCCAUGGGACUUUUUUUUUUUUUUGGUGAGGGAUUGCAAAUUUAUUUGAUCAUCCACACACCAGGUGGCUGAGCCUGGUUCGGUGCUUCUCCUUUGUAUCCUUUCCUGGGACCUGCUGUUCACCUAGGUUUCAUGUGGUUCUGAAUGAUGCUUGCUCUGUAGUUUAGUUGUAAUUUCGCUGUGGUUUUGGGAGGAUUUAAGUACUUCCUUUACUUCCUCUGCUAUCUUGAGAAGAAGUUGUAAUAUUUUGAUAAUAAAUAAAUAAGUUUGAAUUGUUGGCAUCA